AUGGCUGUCGAUCGUACAAUUCGUAUUUUAAUAAUUUCAUGUGGUAUAUUGAGCUUAGUGUCUGUUAUAAUGUGUUUAUACAGUAUAUCGACAGCCAACUGGUAUCAUAGUUCGAUACAACGUAUUGGUCUAUUUCAUACAUGUAAUAUAACAAUAUCAAAAACAGCUAAAUGUGAGAAAAACAUUUAUGCGAAUUCAAAUCAAUAUUCGAACGAUCCUGUCAAUGGUGUUUAUCAAUUGACAUACAAUAAACGAUUUCGUGGUAGUGGAGGAUUAGCAAUUGUCGCUGUAAUAUUUCAGAUAGCCUCAAUCAUUCUAAGUAUUUAUGCAUCAAUUAUUUUCCUGCCAAAUCCAUCUGUGACCUGUUGGAUAUUGCCAAUUAUACAAUUUGUUGUGUCAUUAUUCAUGUUAGCUACGUUAAGUGAAGCAUCCUAUGGUAUUAAUAUGAACGGGCAAAGUUCAAGUAUUUAUGAAGCAGCACUUGUUAGUACAAUGGCUUCAACAAUAGUGGCAUCAAUAGCAGCCGAUAGAAUUAAUAAAUUAAGCACAUAG